AUUUCUUCUCGUCCCUCCGAUCUUAUCUAUCCACAAUAUCAAAGAAAGUUCAUCCCCAAUUUCGCAAUUCCCCCAAAUUUCAAUGGAAUUUCAAUUCUUGUUUCCUCAAUCUUAUCAUCCAGGGCAAUUCCAUCAUUGAUCGGUUUUCUCCAUAUUUUUCUCGAUUUUUUGAGUAUUUUUUUUUGUGGGGGAUGAGCGAGAACCCUAUCGCCACCGGAGAAGUGAAGCUGGGGCCGGCGAAGGCGAUGGACGGUGGUGCCGGUGCUGGAAACCCGCAGGGCAUGCCGAUGUAUGCGCAUGAGAGACAGGAGAGCGAUGGGGAGGAGGAGCAUGAUGGCGUGGCCGAGGUUGAGGCUAUGGACGCCGAUCAUCCGACGGAUCUUGCCAACCUCAGUGACCAAAUCGGUCUUAUCGUGCCGCCGGUGGCGAGUAAUCAACUCACUCUCUCUUUCCAGGGCGAGGUCUAUGUAUUCGAUUCAGUUUCCCCUGACAAGGUUCAAGCAGUGUUAUUGCUGCUCGGAGGGCGUGAGAUCGCUGGAGGGUUGGGUUCUAUGCCACCUUCUUCGCAUCCUUACAAGCGCUCCAACUUCCCUCAGAGAGUUGCCUCAUUGAUGAGGUUCAGGGAGAAGAGAAAGGAGAGGAAUUUUGAUAAGAAGAUUCGGUAUACUGUUCGGAAAGAGGUUGCUCUAAGAAUGCAACGGAACAAAGGCCAAUUCACAUCAUCAAAGUCGAAACCCGAGGAUGCAACAACUGCUGUUACAACAUGGGACUCUACUCAACGUUGGAGUGCUGAUGAUCGGCCACAAGCAUCAGCUGUAUGCCAUCAUUGUGGGAUUAGCGCAAAGGCAACGCCAAUGAUGCGCCGUGGACCUGAUGGACCGAGAACCUUAUGCAAUGCUUGUGGACUCAUGUGGGCAAAUAAGGGAACACUGAGAGACCUUUCGAAGAAUCCAGCUCCAUCCGCGCAGCAUUCCUUUUCUGAAGCAAAGGAAGUGAAUGGAAACUCGGAAGCUGUAGGUGAGCAUCAACCCCUAGCAAUCAACUCUAAUGGGCAUAAUGCAAUAUGAGAAGACGACAUUGCGCGCUUAGGAACUCCCGGAAGAGAAGAUGACUUACAGAUCUGGAAGCUUAUCCCCAGUAUCAAAUUCUUAUGAAAUUCCAUUAUACUUGCAUGUACUAUAUAGUUCUAUCAGUGUUUAGAUGUCUUAUUCCCUCUUGCUUUUCUUAAGCCAUCAUUUGGGAGAUUAGAUCAUGUCUUUUUGGCAUUUUGGAUAAAUUAGUCACCCUGUAUUUCAUUGCAUAUUGAUCUCUGUUCAUCUAAAGUUGGAAUUCUCAGUGAUGGUGAAGUUACAUUUCUUAGUAAAUUACAGCUCUCUGUUAUUUCUGUGUUUUGGAAAAAUUUA